AGUGGUUGAGUUUACUGUUACCUCAUUUGAAACGUAAUUGUAGACAAGACCUCGUUUCUUCAGAAAAUGAAAUCUUGUGGAAAACAACUGGAUUCCACAGGUGGUCCGAUCAAAAGAGAACCGUGUUGUCUUUCUUGAAACUGUAUAUGAUCCAUUAAUUCAUAUACACUGCAUUGAUAGUAUGAUUCCAACAGCAAUGGCUUUUCACUCCCUUCUCCGACUCCUCUUCUUACUGCUGCUUCUUCCACCAUUUAUUGUUUCGCAGACAUCCAAUGUCACUUUGGGAUCAUACCUUGUUGCUUCCAAAGAUUCUCCUUCGUGGAAAUCUCCUUCAGGAGAUUUUGCCUUUGGAUUUUACCAGCUUCAGAAUCAAGAGCAGUUCUUGCUGGCCAUUUGGUUUGACAAAAUUCCCAAUAGAACAACUGUUUGGUAUGCAAACGGAGAUAACCCAGCGGCAGAGGGAUCAAGGGUUGAGCUUACAGUAGAUGAAAAACUCAAACUAACUUCCCCAAAUGGCCAAAUCCUUUCGAACGCCACAUUCAUGGAUGAUGGCACUGCUUAUCCUGUUGAGGGAGUUGCUUAUGCUGCUUUGCUAGACACAGGUAACUUUGUUCUUGUUGGUAAAGAUUUUGCCUACGCAUGGGAGAGUUUCAAGAACCCUGCAGACACCCUUUUGCCAACUCAAGAACUCCCACUUGGUGGAAUGCUAUCUUCUCGACAGACACCAAGCAAUUACUCCAGGGGAAGGUUCCAGUUCCGCUUGCUAGAAAAUGGUAACCUUAUGCUUAACACAAUUUCCCUGCCCAAAGCAAAUGCAUAUGCUGCCUAUUACAUCAGCGGCACUUUUGAUGCAAAUAAUAGCGCCAAUUCUGGUUACGAGGUAGUUUUCAAAGAAUCAGAAUAUGCCUACCCCAAACCACAAAGAGCUGGCAAUACCGAUCAGUCCUGGACCAUUGUCUGGUUCAUCCCUUCUGACAUUUGUAAUGCAAUGAAUAGUACUCCCCCAACUAGGGACUUUAAUGAGGGAUUUGGUUCUUGUGGCUUUAACAGCUAUUGUACAAUUGACAGUAAUGCACGGCCGAGUUGUGAAUGCCUCCCUGGCUUCAAUUUCUCUGAUCCAAACAACAAGUUCAAUGGGUGCAUUCAGGACAGGAUACAGGAAUGCAAUCCAAGUCCUGGGAAGGCAGAGGAUCUGUAUGAUAUGCGUCAGCUACUUAACACUUUCUGGCCAAGAUCUGCAAAUUUUGAAUGGACACAAUCAAAUGAAGACGGAUGUAGGCAAUCUUGCCUCUAUGAUUGCGAAUGUGUGGUUGCUGUACUCAGAGAAGGAAUCUGUUGGAAAAAGAAGAUGCCUCUAACAAAUGGAAUGGUGGUUAGGAGCAUCAAUGGCAAAGCAUUUGUAAAGGUAGCAAAAGCUAAUGCUUCUAGUUUUCCGAGACCUGAAGGCCCUGGACUAUGGAAGAAAGAUCAAUCAGAGACAAAAACCAGGUCAAAUUUCAAGCAUUUUGGAAAUAAACUACGGCCUUUUGCUUACCAAGAGCUUGUGGAAGCCACAGAUGAGUUCAAAGAAGAACUCGGAAGAGGUGCUUUUGGAAUUGUGUAUAAAGGGGUUUUACGACCUCCACAUUCAACAGUACUUCCCAUUGCUGUGAAAAAAUUAGACAAGGUAACGCAAGAAGGUGAGAAGGAAUUCAAAACAGAGGUAAAGGCAAUUGCCAAAACCCAUCACAAGAAUUUGGUCAGUUUGAUUGGAUUCUGUGAGGAAGGGCCGCACAAGCUUUUGGUCUAUGAGUUCAUGAGCAAUGGAACACUAGCUAGUCUCUUGUAUGGAGAUUCUAGACCUGAAUGGAAGAGUCGCACUCGAAUGGCAUUUGAGAUUGCAAGAGGGCUAGUUUAUUUGCAUGAGGAGUGCAGCAUACCCAUUAUCCACUGUGACAUUAAGCCUCAAAACAUACUCUUGGAUGACCCAUUAACUGCAAGAAUCUCAGACUUUGGAUUGGCAAAGCUUCUGAUGAGUGACCAAACUCGCACCACAACAGCAAUCAGAGGCACAAAGGGAUAUGCUGCUCCGGAAUGGUUCCGAAGCAUAGCAAUUACAACAAAGGUUGAUGUUUAUAGUUAUGGGGUGAUGCUAUUAGAGAUCAUUUGUUGCAGGAAAAACUAUGAAGUAGAACGAGAAAAUGAGGAUGAUGUGAUACUAACAGAUUGGAUCUAUGAUUGCUACAUAGAGAAAAGAUUGGAUAGAGUAGUGGAGAACGAUAAGGAGGCGAUCAAUGACAUGACAGAGGUGGAAAGGCUAGUGAUGGUGCAUACAACAAGAUCCCUCUCUAAGGCCCUCCAUGAGAAAGGUCACUCAAAUGCUUGACGGAGUAGUCCAAGCUCCUAUGCCUCCUUGUCCUACCCCUUUUACUUCUUUAUGCUAAAACUGUAUGCCCCUUUACAUUCAUUCUUGAUCUCUUUCAAAACCUUAAUUUUAAGGGAUAUGUUGUCCCCAUGUCCACCUUCAUGCAUGUCAAUAUGCCUGGUACGCUUGUAUAUUCUUGCUAAUUUUUAGCUAUUUUUGAAUCUGCCUGGUAUGCUUGUACUUGUUACUAUUUCUUGCUAAUUUCAGCUAUUUCUUGCUAUUCUUUUUAGCCUCUUAAUUAUGUCCAUGAUGAAGAGGUGAUACUUUAUUAUUAGUUAUGUUACUUUUUUACGUGAUUUCUUUCAUUUAAAAGAUAAGUUGUGUGGUAACAAUUUAAUUAAUUUUGUAAUAAUUUUUUAAAUAAAAGUAAUAAAUUUUAACUUUAAGU